GGUGGGUUUCUUUUAGGGAGGAAACAGUGUUCUUUCUCAAGCAUAUGUCGUGUUUUCUCCUUUGUUGCCUCCCGUCCCAUACUCUCCAUUACCAGAUACCCCGCUUCCCUAAAACUUCCCAGAAGCCUGGGCCUUAAACACCCAGGCCCUGACAGAGGGGGAAAUCAGGGUCACUAAUCAUACUUAGCUAAUUGCAAGCUAUGCUACAGGAGAAUAAGCAGCCCUCCUCCGAGGCUCCUGGCUCCCCUGCCUCUACCAGCAAUGACAUGGACGAAGGGGCUGACGGCACGCAGUAUCCGCCAUUGCAGAAUUACUCGGUCCUGCAUGGCUUGGUGGGGCCAGCCUGCAUCUUCUUGCGCCAGAGCAUCGCCAUCACGCAAAUCGACAGAGAGCUGCGACCAGAGGAGAUUGAAGAGCUAAAGGAGGCCUUCCGAGAGUUUGACAAGGACCAUGAUGGCUACAUCAGCUACAAAGACCUGGGGGAAUGUAUGCGAACCAUGGGCUACAUGCCCACUGAGAUGGAGCUCAUUGAAUUGUCUCAGCAGAUCACUGGAGGGAAGGUGGAUUUUGAUGACUUUGUGGAACUGAUGGGCCCCAAGAUGCUGGCAGAGACGGCAGACAUGAUUGGGGUGAAAGAACUGCGGGAUGCCUUCCGAGAGUUUGAUGCAAAUGGCGAUGGACAGAUCAGCAUAGCUGAGCUAAGGGAAGCCAUGCGCAAACUUUUGGGACAGCAGCUGAACUACCGUGAGGUGGAUGAGAUACUCAAAGAUGUUGAUCUGAAUGGGGAUGGCCUUGUGGACUUUGAAGAGUUUGUACGGAUGAUGUCUCGCUGAGAGCAGCCAGCAGCAGCCCAAGGCUGAAGUGCCUUACGGAGAGGAGAGACUUCAAGCUGCCAUAUAUCCUGAUCUAACCAUCAGGAGCGAUGGCAGCACUCGAGAACUUCCUGCACAUCCUGUGUACCCUGCUUGGAGCCAAACAGCCACUCCUAAAGUCCAGAGACUUGCAUCAGCUUCAGCAUCUUCAAUGACAUCAUUGACCGGAUCUCAAGACUGAUACCCCAUCUACUGUUUUAGAGACAGCCACGACCCCAAGCUCUCAGGCUCUGGAUGUCAUUGUACCUUGCCUUUACUCUGCUCUCUGUAACGCUGACCUUUCACCCCAAACAUACCUUAAGAAGGAACAGUCAACCAACAAAUCUCCCUUAAAUAUUCUGCAUGCAAUGGUGUGACAAUAUUUGAAACGCUUCACCGUCCUAUUCCAAGAGGGGCUGCUUUUCUUUCCUUUCCCCCCUCUCUAAAUGGUGUUUGUUUUUAAAAUUACUUUG